AUGACCGGUGAAACAGAGCAGUCCUAUGCUUUGGAACACAAAAGUUACAACGGUUACGCGUGGGCAAAUGAUGCACAUCAAAAUUCAAAUUUCAUUCCAGGUUAUUCCGCAGCAGCUCUUCUGGCAAUUAUAUUCGCCCUACCUUUCGCGUGGAGAGUGCUGGUACAUCGGGAGCACGGCCAUUGGGAGCAUCCACUGCCUGCGUUUUACUUCGCCCAUUUGGAACUAUUCCUGGGAAACGGCUGUUUAGGAAUAGGAGUCAUGAUGCUGCUGGCGCUCACGCUUGAACGCUACGUGAGCGUCUGCCAUCCGGGACACGCCAGACCGAUACUAGGAUCCCCCCGCAGGGCAGUUGCCCUCAUUCCCACCUGCACUUUCGUGCUGUACAUUCCCAUUAUAUUCCGCAGCCAAAUCAAGACAUGUAGGCUCUUGCCGGCGGGGAUGGUGAUAUAUCAGAGGAUGGAAGAUACCGACUAUGUGGACCACCCGCUUUACAGCAUAUACAAAGUGGUGUUGGAGUUUAUCUUCAAGGUGGUGCCCGUGAUACUUCUGGCGGCGUUGAACUUAAGGAUUCUGAUAGUGUACAGGCGGUCUUGCGAAAAGCGCAGGAAGAUGAUCCUGAGCAGGAAGACUUCCGGAGAAGAAGAUCCAAGGAAGUUUGCCGAAGAAAGGCGGUUGGUGCUUUUGUUGGGGUCCACUAGUAUUCUAUUUUUGGUUUGCGUAACUCCCAUGGUAAUACUCAACGUGACUCUGUCCGAAAAUAACUUAACGAAAUAUCCCUAUCAGGGGGAAGGGCUAUUAUGCCAGCAGCUGAAGUGUAAAGCAGCACCCUCUCUGGUUAGAGAGCCUGUCACCUUGUUCACCGUGGGUCUAAGUGGUCAAAUGUUUACACUAGAGUAA